AUGUUCAAACGACUCGAGAAAGUUGAAAAUGCAAUAGUUGGCUGUAUUCACUACGGUACUCGGCUCGUUGUUCUGGUUGUUUACAACCAACGUCUGCUAAAAGCUGCUCCAGUUUCUCCUAGAACAAGUGGUGUUACUUACAUUCAAUGGGGAAGGAAACGGUGUUCGGCAACUGGAGUACAAACUCUUUAUUCUGGAGUUGCUGCUAGGUCACAUUACACUCACAGUGGAGGUGGAGCCAACACUCAGUGUCUUCCACUCAAUCCCAUAUGGGGAUAUUCUAGAAGUGGUUGUCAAGGAGCCAGUUAUAUUUAUGGAACUGAAUACGAACUCAAUCAAGGCAUUCAACCAUUCAUCAAUAAAGGAUUGCAUGACCACGAUGUUCCUUGUGCUGUGUGUUAUGCUGCCACUAAGAACACUCAGUUCAUGUUACCAGCAAGGAACGUCUGUCCCAGUGGAUGGAGCAGGGUAUACUAUGGAUAUCUCAUGGCAGAACAUCAUGGUCAUUCAGGAAGAAACAUGUACGUGUGCGUCGACCACAACGCAGAACCGACAGUUGGAAGUUCUCCAAGCCAUAAUGGCAAUCUAUUUUAUCCUGUUGAAGGAAUAUGUGGAUCACUUCCUUGUCCUCCCUACGUAGAUGGUAAAGAGCUGACUUGCUCUGUGUGUCUCAAGUAAGCAACAACAUUAAAUCAAAACUCAAUUUUUAGUCACAACGUUUGCACUAGCUACAUGUAGCAAGUCUCUUGGCUAUAUUCUGCCAGUAGAAAAUCUACAGUACAAUCAUUAAUGUUCAAUACAUUUAGCGAAUUGAUGCAACAGUGUUGUUAAUGGCCGGUGAAGAAGAGAGCGAGAAAGCAGCUUCUGCUCUAAAUUUGUCAGUAAGUACGUACAUCCAUGCAUGCCUUAAAAAUAUUGAAUUUAUUAAUUCCUGAUAAUUG